AGCAAGGUUAUGUCACAUAACGGAUUCGUGUGCGCCCUGGUGGCCACAAGCGCCCUGUUCCUAAGGCUGCCACCUACGGCCAGCCUGUCCAUGAGUGUUAACCAGCUGAAGUUUGCGCGAAGUCUUCAGUCUGUUGCCGAGGAGCGAGCUGGACGCCACUAUGGGGCUCUGAGAGUCCUGAAUUCAUACUGGGUCGGUGAAGAUUCCACGUACAAAUUCUUUGAGGUUAUUCUCAUUGGUCCAUCCCAUAAAGCUAUCAGAAGAAAUCCUGACACCCAGGGGAUCACCAAACCAGUCCACAAGCGCAGGGAGAUGGGAGGGCUGACAUCCGCGGGCCGCAAGAGCCGUGGCCUUGGGAAGGGCCAUAAGUUCCACCACAUUAUUGGUUCUCGCCAUGCAGCCUGGAGAAGGCGAAAUACUCUCCAGCUCCACCGUUACCCCUAAUAUAAGUAAUGUUUGUAAAAUCCUUACCUAAUAAACAAUUUCGGGCAGUCAAAAAAAAAAA